AUCGAACAUCUCGCUGUCGCCGUGCUUCCGCCACGAGCACUGCUCUGCUCAGCCGAGACCAAGCGCAGAACGGAGAUUAAACUUGGGAUCGGACUGUCGGUCGAUCACCGCCUGUCAAUCGAGUCAGGCUUGCCCGCCCUCUAUUCUACCUCAUCAUUAUUGCCGAUUCCAUCAUCAUAAGAGAUUCUGAUCUAAUCUCUGCACACGUGCGAGACUGCAUUGCUCGUCGCUUUGGCUGACGAGCAUCUCGUUCUUUCCUCUUAUUAUUAAUUGGUCCGUACAUCUCUCCUCGCUGCUUCCAUCCCGGACGAUACUGGGUACGUACGUGCUACGCAGCUACAAAGCCUUUCUUAGUUCCAGCCACACUACUUAUCGCGACCCGCGAAAGACCCCGCAUUCACUUAUGCAUGUGAUUCGCGAUAACUAUCAACCAAGCACGAGGCCAAAUUUGGUUUCGAAAUGAACGCCUUCUCACCACACCCGACACCUCCCUUUUCGCCGCCGAACGGCACAUCACACCGGCCGCCUUCUCUCACUCGUCGCUCGAUUGACGCAAUCUCGAACACCCCACUCGGCAGAAUGCAGGCGGAGCGGAACGGCGCUAUGCCAAUGCCCGUUGGAAACCGCUUUCCAACGCGGUCAGGCGAGAAUGCAGGCAUGCCUUUACGUAUGGCUGCGAGUCCACCCAAGAACAAGAACACGCAGCAUGUGCCGUGUAAAUUUUUCCUUCAAGGCCAGUGCCAGGCCGGAGCUAUGUGCCCUUUCUCACACGAUAUCGAGUCAACAACGAGGCCAGCACCGUGCAAGUACUUUGCAAAAGGUGGUUGCAAAUUCGGUCGGAAGUGCGCACUCCUGCAUGUCACCCAGGAU